UCGCGCUGCUCUCGCCAUUUUUCAACCGGGAAGGAAAGAAGGGAGUGCAGGAAGCGGCUAAUAAACCAGCUCAUUCUGUCAAAUUUUGGGAAGUUUUCGGUGUUGUCGUCGAGUUACGGUUUUUAGUUGAUUCUGUUUUCUUUUCCCAGAGACGGUUUCAGUGGGCUCGGUGUCUUUGUGCGGGCGGAAUCAUGAAUAUUUUCAGACUCACAGGGGACCUCUCGCAUUUAGCUGCCAUCAUCAUCCUGCUGCUGAAAAUAUGGAAGAGCAGGUCGUGUGCAGGUAUAUCCGGAAAAAGCCAAGUUCUGUUUGCAUUGGUGUUCACGACACGCUACUUGGACCUUCUUACCUCAUUUAUCUCUCUGUACAACACUACAAUGAAGUUUAUCUACAUUGGAUGCGCGUAUGCCACAGUCUACCUGAUCUAUGCCAAGUUCAAAGCCACCUACGACGGCAAUCAUGACACUUUCAGGGUGGAGUUCCUGGUUGUUCCUGUGGGUGGCCUGGCUUUUCUCGUCAACCACGACUUCUCUCCUCUGGAGAUCCUCUGGACGUUCUCCAUCUACUUGGAGUCGGUAUCCAUCCUUCCUCAGCUCUUUAUGAUCAGCAAGACCGGGGAGGCUGAGACCAUCACCACACACUAUCUGUUCUUCCUGGGCCUUUAUCGUGCCCUGUAUCUCGUCAACUGGAUCUGGCGCUUCUACUUCGAAGGCUUCUUCGACAUGAUUGCCAUCGUUGCAGGCGUCGUUCAGACCAUCCUGUACUGUGAUUUCUUCUAUCUCUAUGUAACAAAAGUGUUGAAAGGGAAGAAGCUGAGUUUGCCAGCAUAAACUAGGAAUCGAGACAGCGCUUUAGCGGUUGCGUGCGGAAGCGCAGGACACCGCUGAUGCCACAUCAGUGUAAGAUGCCUGAGGAGUGCAACAUGGAUUCGGUAUUUUCUUCAAACCCUGACCAGCUGGGACAGUUCCGGAUUCAAACCGCGGAAAUCGUUCAACUCCUCCAGUAUCCACGUUUUGUGCGUCUUACCAUUGUUUUUAUUACUUAUUAAGAUAAAAGAAAUGAACCAUUUUCUACCAGAAAAAUCACUUUAAUUGGGCUCAUGGCAACAGAAAACCCUGUAAAAUGCAUAAAAUUUGUCAGUGUGAUGAUCGAUGGGGAUUAUUCUCAUAUAGAGUAAUGUGUGUUCGUAAAAUAUUUGGAAUUUGAGUAAAUGUACCAUAUUUUCUAGAAUGUAAGAAGAAAUUGUGGCUCUCUAACAGGUGCUGCAAUUAAAGGCCCAAUUCCAGUUACUCUAGUAGUUAUAGGAAAAAAAAAAUGUAUCAUAAUGGUCAUGGUUAUAAGUAAAUAUGUUGUUGUCAAGGUGAUUAGAAAUCACCAAAAUCGUCUUAAGCAUUUAUUCUCAGAACGGCUACAAGAGCUUGAAGUGAAAAGUCACAAGGAGCAACAACAUCUGUGAGCGGGGAGUUUUAGCAUAUAGCCGUGGUUAAAGACGGAUACGCUCCAGACCUGAAGGAAUAGCAGCAAAUACGUCAGCUCAGGUACCAAUACAGAACGGCAGCAAAAUACCAACCAACAUUAUACAGAUGACUGGUGCCGAAAUACCAGUUUAUAGGUGGUGAUAAUAAUCCACGCGACACUUCUUGUGUUAAACUAUGUAUAAAUUGAUUUGUAGGGUUUUGUUUUCUUAUUUUCUGGAAAAUAUGGUACAUUAUUUAUUGUAAUUGCAGAUAAUUUUUUUUUUCCUUUUAAUCUCAGUAUAGAGGUUUACCUCAUGCUUGGGUCAGCUGUUUUUCUUUCUUUUUCUCUUUUAUUUACAAUAAGAAAUGGCACCUUGUGUUUUUCUAAGUGUGUAAGAAUGAGCAUUUCAGGUAAUCAGGUUGUAGCAAUGUGAAGGUGAACGUUUGAUAUUGCACCCGUUCAGUCAUACUUGCAUUAACUUGCAGUAUUGACACACUGCCUUAUUAAUCUUUUUAAAAACAAAUUAUUUGAUUCAUUGGGCAUCUCAUUUACUUAUACAAUACAUUCUGAUUAGGAUUUACUUUCCGUCAUAUAAUAGCAAAAUAUGACCCAAGUGUAUAAAAAUGGUUAAAUUUAUCUAAAUAGCAAAAAAUAUUACAAAUUAAUUCAUGUGAAUUCAUUGAUAUCAUUUUUAUGCAUUGCAAAAUACAGCAAAUUAUAAUUUUUUUCCAAAUUCUUUAAAGCAUGAUUUGUAUAUUGAGUUUUCCUUAUAUAAGAAGUCUUUUUUUUUUUUUUGCUAUCUCUAAGGGAUGGGUGUUGGGCUGAAAGAGUUUAACAGGUUUUUUUUUUUUUUUGUCUAUUUCAUAAUUCAGAUUUUUCUGGACUUUUUUUUUUUUUAAUCAACCUUUAUAUGACAUCCAUCUCAAAUAAAGAUAAUUUGAGAUA